GAAAAAUAUUUCACUCCAUGGCCUUAUCCCAAACCGUCAUCAUAUUAGACCAAAUUCCUGUCUCCCCGCCGCAGGAAGCGAUUGCCAGACCCCCCCUUCCCCUAACAUUUUUCGAUGUGGAGUGGCUGCCAUGCCCCCAAUGACUCAACUCAUAUUCUAUCACCACCCAAUGGGAAGAACCGACCUUUUGGAUUCCCUAAUUCCCAUUAUGAAAAAAUCCUUAUCCCAAAGCCUACAACGUUACCGCCCCUUAGCAGGUAGAUUGGUUGUCUCACCCGACAAGGCAAACAUACCAGAAAUUUGCUACACCAAUGGUGACACUGUUCUGUUGGUUAUCGCGGAGUUUGACUCGACGAACCCCAACGAUUUUAACCACUUUGUGUCAAAUGAUGCAAGAAGUUCAAUGGAUUUCAAUCAACUAAAUCCAAGACUACCCCUGACUUCACGAGCAUCAGAUGGCUCACUCGUAAUCCCAUUGUUGGCGUUACAAAUUACACUAUUUCCCAAUGUCGGGAUAUGCAUAGGUGUGACUAACCACCAUGCAGUGUGUGAUGGGAGUAGCAUCUUUGGAUUCAUGAAGUCAUGGGCUUUCUUCUCUAUUUAUAGGAGUCCUGACACAUAUUUAUAAUAGUCUAUUACUUUCUUCUCUAACGGUCACAAAGACCACAAAGACGUGCCACCUCAAUUUGUACCGGAUUAUGAUAGAACAUUCUUCAAAGAGCAUAAGGAGCUGACAUCUAUUUAUUGGGAUUGUGUGAAAAACGUCAACUUUGAGAAAACACAUAAUGCUCAUCGCCUUCCAUGUACCAUCGACAAGGUGAGGUCCACUUUUGUCGUGACACGAGACGACAUUCAACGACUUAAGAAUCACAUCCUCAAGCAAGGGCGUAAAUCUCUGCAUGUAUCGACAUUUACGGUGACUUGCUCAUACACAUGGAGUUGUCUGGUGAGAUCAAGAAGCCAGACAUACGAGGGUCAACAGGGGCGGAACCAGAGCACUGGGCCAGACUGUGAGGGUCAAUAUGGCCUGGAGUUAGAAGAAAUGGAGAAUUUUCUUUGUGCGGCCGAUUGUCGGGCACGUUUGGACCCUCCCUUGGCUAAAAACUACUUUGGCAAUUGUGUCGUGCCAUGUCUAGCUAGCAUAAGAGAAAAAAGCUUAAUAGGAGAUGAAGGGAUGAGAAAGGCAUGUGAGGGGAUAGGAGAGAGCAUUCGAAGCACAUUAUACAAUAAGGAAAAGGAGGGGGUGUUGAAAGGUGCUCGUGACAGGCCUACCGUUAUCUCGAAGUUGAACUUCGGUCGAACCUUGAGUGUUGCCGGCUCGCCCAAGUUUGACUAUUAUGGGCUGGAUUUUGGAUGGGGGAGACCUAAGAACCAUGAAUUUACUUCUAUUGAUUUGAGUGGAGCCAUUUCUCUUGGUGCAGCCAAGGACCAUGAAGGUGGACUCGAAGUAGGCGUGACAUUGCCCGUUACACAAAUGCACUGUUUCACCAACUUAUUCUAUGAGGGUUUGAGAGCUUUGGGCAGCUCGCAAGCUAUUGAUGGUUGACAUCAUUCACCACACUUUGGUUUCGAUUUUUUCCAUGCACGAAUGACGUUGGCUUCACACUAAAAUAAUUACGGCUUGUUUUGGUACUAAUAAGUGAAACCUAAGAUUGAAGCUUUGGGAAAACCAUCAUUUUUUUUGGCAGAUGGGAAAACCAUCAUUAGUACGUGCAUAAAUUUGUGGUCAUAAUUUGUGCACUAUUAUAAGACGCGUGAACCAAUUUCCUUUCUUUUUGCUUCUCUUGUAUAUGAAGACAAUAUCGUUAAUAAUUGUCAUGCUAUUUGAUUAAAUUGUGAGUUGUACUGUAUAAAGAUACCGUGAAAGGAGUAUGUGUAAAUAUAAUAUUACGUACAUACUUAUGUCGGAGUUGAGC